AAAGAAAAGUUAAAUAUGUUUUCCUGUUGCCGAUGCGUAAAUCCCAAAUCACCAAAGUAUAAGAAGAAAGGCGAUGAAGACAAUGCAUCCAGUGGGGAGGACGACAAAGAUCCCUGCCAUGACGAUAACUUAUCGAGCGAAGAGGAAAUCAAAGUGGAAAUAAUUGAAACCGAGGAGAAACCUGUGGAAGCAGCAGAAGAAGCUGAAACGCAACCAUGUGAUGGAGAAACACCAACUCCGAAUGGGGCCGAGUCUUCUUCGGUAACGAUUGUCGUCCCGGUGGGGGAGGAAAAUCAAGACCAAUCCCACAGUAGUCCAAAGACUUCUCCAAAUAAAAGCUCAACGUCAAGUGAACAUCAACAACACUCUGGGGAAGAAUCCACCACCGCAGACUGUCCAAUCACACACGAACCUGUAUGCCUCGAAAGUGCUAAGGAUCCCGGACCGCAGGAUAUACCCACUACCGUAGCCGAUGUGGAAGAAGCGGGUGAAAUCACUGCCAACGAAAGUAACUCAAGUGAGUUGAAAAAUGAAGAGAAUGACGCAAUAACAGACCAACCGAAGGAUUCCACCGUGAGUCCAACGAAAAAUGAACCAGAAAGGGAGGAAAAAUCACCCCCAAAUGGAAAUGAUGAAUCGCAAUCGUCGGAUACGGACAAUAUCAAUUCGGAGAACCUUGAACAGAUAUCGGAAAUUGAAAUUGUGCUCGGUGCCGAGAAAGAAUCCCCGGAAAUUCAACCGAACAUGGAUGAAGAGGUCGAACCCGAAACUGAACCACCCACUCUAGAUCGAAUCCCCCGUUUACAAAGUGACACGAGCAACAGUCAGGUAACAAUUGAAGAAACAAUUGAUAUCCAAAGCUACUUGCCGAAAGAAAAUAGAAGCUCGGAAAAUUCUCAAUCCGAUGAAGUGAAAGGUGAAAGUGAUAAGGAUCUUAAUAACAGUGAAAUGUGUAGUGAUGACAAUCAUGUGCCUAAAAUUGCACCCGAUAAAGAAGUUGUUAAAGAGUCUGAAGAACCUACUAGCGCAAGUGAUUCGGUAUCGGAUAACAACAUUCUCAACAACAAUGUUGAAAGUGAACCUGAACCCAACGAAAACUGCCAACCUCCGAGCCGAAAAGAGUCGGCCAAUAGUGACGACGUGACCAUCCGUACCCAGUUGUCGCUCCGGGAAAGCUGCUUGUCACGACGGUCCUCGUCCAAGUCAUCAAUCAAGAAGAAAGUAGCCUAUAACGAUAGUACCGAAAUUAUCCCCCCACCUGAAUAUUUCCCACCCACCAACGAUGACGAUGAAGUGUUUUCCGAUUCGAUACCUCCCAUGCUGCCGAGGGGUAAUAUGUGCGCCCCGUAUGCCACUAAACGAGGCUCACUGCCGGGACUGGUUGCACUUCCGGACUGGUUCGCCGAGGAUCGAUUGAUGAUGGAGGAGGGUGGAAUCAUGGAACCACCCACUACACCGAUCGGUCGUGACGAGUUGGCUCUAAGGCGGCAUCGGUUCUUUUCUGAUCUCCUGAAUGCGGCCCACGCCGCAGUUGAACAUCGAGUGCGCUUCGAUCCGCUCGGACCUUUUGUGGCAAAGGAGGAGGACGAGAUGCACGCAGAUUGUGACCCAGAUCUAAAACCAUCGUCAGCCCGCGAAUUAGAGCACCUUAUAGAUCGCCUCGAUCGAAUAGUAGACCGUUUAGAGCGAACCGUUUCGGCACGUGAAUUGGAAGAAACGCGCCGUAUAUUGAAAGGUGUUUGUGACGCCGGAAAAGCAGUAGUAUCGGUAACUGACGAAAACACAGGAACUGAAGAAGACGACAAGUUAUUGGAUUCAAAUUCGAAUAGUGAUCUUCCUACGGUUCUCCCUUCGACGCCACCACCUUCAGCAUCCUAUCUGCAUCAACAGCUGGACAGUCUCGAAGCGACUCUCUUUCCUGAGCUUAACUCCGUCGAAACAACCGCUGCCAAGGAUCAGCCGCAAGUAGAUCGACCGUUAGAUACUCUACCAACAGUAAUUUCGCAAGUAGUAUUAGAUAAUUCAAUUAGUAGUAAUAACAGUAACGAUCAAGAGCAAAAUUCAGUAUUAGAAAUUGCUGACUAUCCACCGCCGGACGUAUUCUGCAGUGCAAGCCAACCACCCCCAACAGACAGUAUGAGUGUGAACGCGUACGAGGACAUCAUUUUGGGCACCUUUGCCAACUUCCUAGCUCUGUCGAACAAAAUCGGUGGAGAUGUUGACGCACAGGCCGAGUUGGUUAAGAAAGCAUUCGACGUUCAGUUUACCUUCGUGCGGAUUGCCUCCGAAUCGAGUGCUCCGUCGAACAACGAUUUACAGAAUCUACUCAAGCCAACAUCGGAUCAAAUUGCCGCCAUUCAAAGCUUCCGGGAAAAACAUCGUACUUCACAAUUCUUCAAUCAUCUUUCGGCGAUUAGUGAAAGCAUCUCUGCUCUCGGAUGGGUCUGUGUGGCGCCAACGCCUGGCCCAUACGUCAAAGAGAUGAACGAUGCAGGUCAGUUCUACACGAAUCGUGUACUCAAAGACUGGAAGGAGAAGAAUACCACCCACGUCGAGUGGGCUCGUGCAUGGAUUCAAACCUUGACUGAACUGCAGCAAUACAUCAAGCAACAUCACACUACCGGACUGGUUUGGGCGGGCAAAAACAAACCCGUUACAGCCGGAGCUGGGGUUCCACCUCCACCACCCCCAUGUGGGCUUCCACCACCACCACCGAUGAUGCCUCUCGGUGAUGUGAGCGAAACCGGCGACGAGCGGAGCGCCCUGUUUGCGGAUAUCAAUAAAGGAGCAGAUAUUACAAAGGGACUCAAGAAGGUCACCUCGGAGAUGCAGACGCACAAAAAUCCUUCCCUCCGAUCCGGACCUGCUCCAUAUAAAGCACCAUGUGGCAUUACAAACGGCACCAAAUCGGUCAGCGCACCCGCUGCGGCUGUUGUAAAGGCACCAUCCUUUGUCCGUGAUGGCAAGAAAUGGCUGAUUGAAUACCAGAAGGGGAACAGCAACCUGGUGGUUGAGGACGCUGAAAUGAACAACGUGGUGUACAUGUUCAGAUGUGAGAAUUCUACCCUGCAGAUCAAGGGCAAAAUCAAUAGCGUCGUGAUGGAUUCGUGCAAGAAGUGCUCACUCGUAUUCGAUGCGCUGGUGGCGUCCGCUGAGUUCGUCAACUGCCAAAGUGUACAGAUGCAGGUUCUUGGCAAAGUUCCAACAAUUUCCAUUGACAAAACUGAUGGGUGCCAAAUGUAUCUGUCUGCGGAUUCGCUGGACGUUGAAAUUGUUAGUUCCAAGUCCUCCGAAAUGAAUGUUAUGAUUCCCAAGGGAAACAGCGGAGAUUAUACUGAACAACCCAUCCCAGAGCAGUUCAAGACCCUAAUCAAAGGACAGAGUCUGAACACCACCUGCGUGGAGAGCCUUGGCUAAAAUGAGUAGAAAUCUUCGUGUAAAAGAUUUAACCAUUUUUUUAUCAGUAGCAAUGAAUGCAACAAAAUUGAUAUCAUUUCGUGAAAAACUUACUAAACUAAGAACCAACAGUUAAAACAAUUUUAUACAUAACGAUCUAGGAAAAGUUCACUAACAUUUCGUGCAUUUUCGUCUUCGAUGCUAUCGCUAGUCAUUUCUUGAUUUUCCACAUACUUCUUUGUUUCGAAGGUUGGCUUGGUCUUCCCAAAUUUUUUUUCCGAACUUAAGUCCAAAAAUCAAUUAAUUUUUACUUACAGAUUCAAUUGAAAAAAAAUAGCUAAGAUGAUAAAUAUUGCAAUCAAUGUAUGUCCUAUUACAUAGUUCAGAGGUCAUAUUGGAACACAAUUAGGAAAGUAAUCAUCUUGGUUUAAAAAUAAUAAUUUCAUUCUUUACCUGCCUAUACCUGCCUAAAUUGUUUUCUGUGUAAACGAAAACGAGUUUCGCUUACUCUAAUACAACGUCCCCUGCUAAAAAAAUGUUAUUUUCAACGCGUUGGCUAUCCCAAUCACUUCUUAAUUACUCGUUAAGAAAUUUACUAAGCAAACAGCAUUUGAGCAAAUUAAUCAAUCAUACAUACACAUCUAACCGGUUUUUAUUAACAUCGAGUAAAAAAGUUUAUCCAAACAUGGUCAGUCAGCAUAUUAUGAAGUUACAGUGAAGAAGGAAAGGAAAGUUUGACGCUAGCAUACUAAACAGUGGUUGCAUUCGUCAGUGCACUCAUUCAGCCGGUGUAAUUUACCGGAUCGAAGGCAUUGUGAAAGGAAAGGUUUUUUUGAAACUGAUUUGUAUUUUAAAACAGUACGCUACACGCUUAGAAAUGAAUUUUAAAUUCAACAAAAAUAUUGUUGACUUACGAUUUAUUACAUUUUAUUUCAUUAAUUCAAUAAUAUGUAAUGAUUAUUUCAACAAAUACAAUAGUUGGAACAACAAAACGGUUGUAGAAUCAAACAAACUUUUUUUUUAAUCAAAAAUAUAUAGUAUCGAUACAAUUAUGAUAUAUUUAAGAAUCAGUAAUAAAUUAUUGUGAGAAGUGAGUCAACAAAAUGUUUGAUGAAUUUUCUCUGCGUGUACACAAUAAUAUAUAUGUAACGAUAAUGACGAAAG